AUGCGGGAGGGAAAAAAAAAGCCGGCGACGGCCGGCCGGCCGGCCGGCAAUGAAGCGCGACCCGAACGAGAAGGGCGGGGAGCCCUCGCUCCCGACCUGGGGAAACGACCCUGUCUCGCUUCGGGGACGGACCAGGCGCCCGGCUCGGCCCGGCCCGGGCGGAGGAGCCGCGGACGCCCGCGGGACGGCGCGCGCCGCCCCGGCCGAAGCCCCGCUGCCGCGACGGACCGCCGCCGCCGCCGCCGCCGCGACCGACGGGGACGGGAGCAGACCAGGCCCCCGCCCGCGCCGGCGGCGCCGCCGGCCCGCGCCCGCGCCGGACCGCCCGACGGCGCCCGCGCCGACCUCGGCCCCUUCCUCGCCGUGCGGGAGACGCGCGCACCGAAACGCCCCCGCCGCCUCUCACCUUCCUCCCCCGCCCCUCGUCCUCCGACGCCUCCUCCUCUCGCUCGCCCUGGCGGCGCGCCCGCGGCGGACGCGCGCACGGCGGCGGGCGGGACGGGGACGGAUUCGGGAGCGGCGCCCGCUCCCCGCGCCUCCGCGCGGAGACCGGCUGCGGGACGCCCCACGCCGGACCUCCCGCUCGCACGACCGGCGCGGCCGGCGAGGCCGAGGGCGAAAGCGCGGUGGGAGGCGACGGCGGCGGGGACGAAGGAGAGGACGCGGCUUGCGACGGAAGGGGGAAACGGCGGCGAGGCCCCGAGGGAGGGCAGGAGGCCGGGCGUGCGGACGCACGCCGGGCGGACCGGCGGAGCGGAACCGCCGGCGCCGCGGCUGGCGCGGGCGGGACGGCCGGCUCGCCGUCCCGCCGGCCGCGCGCGGCGGGGAGGCCGCGGAACGCACCGCCGCGGGGAGCGGCGGGCGCCGGGCCGAGACCCGCGUCUCGGCCCGCUCCGUACGCGGGCGAGGCCGGCCGGAGCGAUGCGCGCGCCCCGCGCGCGCGCCGAGCUCUCCGCCCGAGACCGAGGCCGCGGAGAGGGGGGACGGGAUGACCCCCUCUCCGGCCCGGGCCCGCCCCGCGGAGGACCGAGGGCGCGGCGACGGCCGACGCCGCCGGCGGGCUCGGGAGGGAGAGGGCCGGCGGGGCGCGCCGCCGCGCCCCGCCCGGACUCCUCUCUUCCAUCCCGGCGUCCCGCCGGCGGGCAGAAGACCGCCCCCGGCCCCCGACCUCGCGGCGCGCGCCGCGGGCCGCCCGAGUCUUUAAACCUCCGCCCGGCUCCGCGGCCCGGGGGGAGGAGGGGGGUGUGGGCGACGCGGCCCGCUCGGGACCGGCGCCGCGCUCCUUCCUCCCCGCCCCCCGGACGCGCGGAGGCGCGGACGCUAGGUACCUGGCCCUGGGGUGAGGGAAACGACCCGAAGGCCCCGCGGGGGUGCCUCCCCCGCCCGCCCCGCUCGGCGGGGCGGGACGGGGCGCCGAGGGGAGACCCGGCACCCGCCAGCCGGCCCCGGCGCCCCUCGGGGGAGCGUCCGCCCGCGGGGGCGCGCCCGACGUCCGCCGCCACCACCUCGCGUUCCUCCCGGGGCCCGGGGUUUCCCUCGGCAACCCGGCGCCGGGCGGCAGCUGCACCCGGGAGGAGCCGCGAGGCUCGGACCGCCCGCGCGGGACCGAAGCCGCCCGGGGCACCUCGCGCCUGCCGCGCGUACGCGGCGCGCGCGUCCCUCCGGCGCUCGCCCGGAGUCGGCCGGCUCCGCAGCCGCCCGCGACCCGGCCCCGUCCCCGCGACGGGCCGGGCGAAGGGGGUGGGGGGUGAGGCCGGGGGAAGCGGCCGACUUCCCGCGCCCCGCGCUCGGACCCGCCGCCCGCCGCCUCCCCCGCGCGCGGCCGCCCGCGCGGCUUCCCUCCGAGCGGACUCGGGGUGCCGGCGUCGACAGCGGCGGGGGCCGGUGGCGAGUUUCCGGCCGAGCGACGAAGCGGGGAGCCGUCCUUCCACCCUCCGCACCGCCGCCACCUCCCGACCCCGACCCCGCGGUCGGAGCGGGACUCGGCCGCGGGACGCUCCGGAGCGCGGCGACCCGGGCGAGGCCCGCGGGACGCGCGCGCGCGGGCGCGCGCCGGCGAGGCGACCGGACGGACCGGACCCGCGGCGUGCGGACCGACGGCGGACCGGCGCCGGGGGGGGAGAGACGCGCCGGAGCAUAGUCAAGUUCGACCGUCUUCUCGACGCUCCGGCAGGGCCGUGGCCGACCCCGCCGGGGCCGAUCCGAGGACCUCACUAA